AUGGCAAACAUGGAGAAGCUCCAAUUCCCCGCUCUAGACAUCACCGGCACCAACUACAUUUCAUGGGUUACAAAUGUCGAACUUCAUCUUGAAUCUCUUGGUCUAUCCGAGACCGUUAAAGAGAUUAAUACUUCAACGCCUCAAGAAAAGGCUAAAUCGGUGAUCUUCCUUAGAAGACACCUUGAUGAAAGUAUUAUUUAUGACUAUGCCAACAUGAGAGAUCCUAAAGAGCUAUGGAAGUCUCUGAAAGAUCGUUUUGAUCAUCAGAAAGACAUAACACUUCCACUUGCUCGGGAUGAAUGGCAGAGUCUGAGAUUUCAAGAUUUCGACAAAGUGAUGAAUUACAACUCGGCUGUGUUAGGAAUUGUGGCCAAAUUGAGAUAUUGUGGUGAAACAAUCACCGAAUCUCAAAUGCUUGAGAAGACAUACACCACAUUCAUAAGAGCCACAUCACCCUACAACAACAGUACAGAAAAAAACAACGAGCUUCUGAUCAAGAAUCACAUGACUCGUCCAACUGGUUCAAAACCGUUUCCUGAAGCAAACGCGUUAGAUGCAAAGAAACCAGUCAAGGAAAAUAAAGCCUAUUGGGGUCGCGGUCGUGGUCGUCAAAACUACCGUGGACGUGGACGAAAGUACAAUCCACAAGAUAGGAAGUCAUUCCAGUGGGUCCGCUCUGAGCAAACCCCUAAGGGAAAAGAACACCAAGGAAAUACCUCCCAGAAGCGAGAAGAAGCUUGUUUCAGAUGCGGUACUAAGGGACAUUGGUCUCGUUUAUGUCGUACCCCUGCACACCUUUGCGCUCUAUACAAAGAGUCCGUCAAAGGAAAAGAAAAGGAAGUAAACUUUGCGGAACAUUCUGAGGGUACAACGCACCUCGAUGCGUCUGACUUUGUGAAUGAUUUCGAGGAGACCGCUAUCCCGGAAGCCUAA